AGUUGCAGACAUUUGGAUUCAGAUUCAACUGUAAUCUUUCCCGCCAUGAACCGCUUGGCGAUCUGCUUACCGCUUUUCGCUUUUGGCAGCGACUGCCCGGCCACCGGGCAGAGCUUGCUUCAACAUGGCCGCAAGCAGUCCGCGGACUUCCCACCGGCAGCUGGCAAGGGAGGUUCCUUGCGGGCGAGCCAACUGGAAGGCCACGAGGUUUGCAAUGAUGACAGCUACAGGAGCAGCGCUUUGGAGGCGCGCUUUCUGCAGCAGCCCGUAAAGCAGACCGAGACAAAGGAGGUACUUUGCCAAACGCUCGGGGCUGAUGCCGAAAAUUGGAUUCAGAUGAAUCUGGGGCAGACGACUUUGGAGGAUGAGAAGAUCUUCUCCAAGAUGUGCAGGACAGGGAGGACGCCUCAACUCAUCGAGCCUUUGGCAGGAAUUCUGAGAGAUCCUCGAGUGUUCUGCGAGGAGCAGAAUUCAGACUCAUUUUUUCCUCAAAACCUGUUCUCCAUUGACUGGCUGGUCUUGGCAGACAGUGGUACCCACUCCAACACAGCCAAGCGCUUCUUCUUCGAUGCUGGUGGGUCCCACUUCAGGGAUGCCACCAUGUUCUUUGCUCAGAAGUAUGAGGAGCGUGGGCUGCCUAUGGAUCACAUCUAUGUGUGGGAGGCCGAGAAGCAAGACUUAGAGUCCUACUGGGAGGGCACACCUCCCGAGGUGCGCCAGAAGUGGGAAUCCCGAGUGACCUUCUAUAACGGCGUGCCUGUUACAAAUGAAACCACAUCAGCGAAUAAUCCAGUCUCCAGGAUCCAUGAUCUGUGCGGAAAGGAUGACUUCUGCGCAUUCAAGCUGGACAUUGACCAUCCAGAGCUUGAAUCCUCCUUGGCGGAGCAGCUUCUAAGCAAUCCUGGCCACUUGAAAGAAUUCUUCUUCGAGCAGCAUGUGCACGGCCUCAUGCAGGACAUUUGGGAGAAAGGAGGAGAUGUUACUGUGGAGGGCACAGUCCAGACGACUUACGAACUGUUCCAAGCACUGCGGCAGAAGGGAGUUCGUGCUCAUUCGUGGAUCUGAUUCUGACGGCAAAAUGGGUGUGUUCUUUUCUUCAGUUCUUUUUCGGAGCUACAAAAGGGAGGUGUUCUGUUUGGUGUUCCUUUAACACACUCUCCAAAGCUGGCACCCUCAGGAAAAGACAUAACCAAAUACACAAUCCAGCAUAGAUCUGCCCGAAAGUAAAUUGACUCGCAC